GUCAAGUCAGUCAAGUCAAGUCUUCUAUAUAGUCACCAUGGCCUGCACUAAAAUGUCUCUAUACACUGCAAGUCCCAGCAAGCCUGCGAGGUCCUCCUGUGUCACUGGUCACCUCCUUGGGAUAUUGGCUGUACUGCAUAGACUGUAUCACCUGUCUACCCUCAGUAAAGCUACCGUUGUCCAUAACUUGGCAUCGGUUUCUUCAUUACCCCCAUGCCUAGCUCAGGACCAGCGGUAUAACCUUUGGGUGGUUUAGGCUAAAUCACACCCAGGUGCCAUGACAAGAGGGGGUUAAUAACAUCUACCCCCAGGGUUACAGCAUCUGCCCUACAUUGCACCCCCGCACGCCACACUGUCCGUCCUGGACAGCUCAUUAGAAAUUUGUGUGCAUUCCAGGGGAUGAGAACAGAGCAGCGAACCAUCGGAUGCAUGUGCUGCAGUCUUUUCUAUCACAAGCUCCAUGACAGCCUGACUGCAGGAGGUAGAGAAGUGAGCUCCUGCCACUCACCAAUGACAUAAAAGGGGUGAAAAUGAUGUGUAAAUGGGACAACGCCUUGUUGCUUUCCAGCAAGAGGAGGAGGAAGCAGCAGCAGUAGUGGCAGGGCUGGGAGGGCUCUGGGGAAGGCAGAUCUAGAGCUGUGCAUGAAGAGGAUCUGCAGUCACCAGCAAAGGAUUCUCUUCUGUCAUCACUACCCAGGGAUCUAUUAUAUGCUGUGAGAUCAGCCGACCACAAUAGGAGACAUAUAUCACUGCAGCACUGGAGCGGCACAGGCAUCACUGACAGUUGUUGCCACAUUGUGUCGCAUGGACUCUGAUCUGAUGCUUUCUGCUUAGGAUGAAGGAGUAUGAAUGUGCACGGCGGUGCUGCUAAGACACUGUGCAGGCUGCUGUCAUGUCAGUGCAUUGCAGAGGUAAGAAGAUGCUGGGAAUAACUGUUGCUUGCUGAGCAGAAGAACAACAGCGUAUUGUCCAUGCCAACCUGGCACACGGGGUAUCACCAUCUCAGGGAAUCCCCUCUUAUUUCAUUCAUUUUUUUCUUUUUUUUCUUUCCGAUGGUGCAACUGGUGGGAAGACGGUGCUGGUGCUGACGGAUGAGACACCUGUCUGGAUAAUAGGCCUUCGUGAUCCUGAGCUCAGCAGUGUUGGCACAUGUUUUGGGCUGGCAUGCAAGAAUAUAGCGGCCAGAUCAGAUAAGGGUUUGUGUUGGAAGAUGGCACUCUGAUCUUUAAUCUAUUGGCACGGAUCCCAUGUGCAUUCUAGGAAGUCCUGGAAGUUAUCAUUGAGUGGCAUCAGUUGUAAUGCUUACGGUUGGCAUCAUCUAUCAGUGAAUUUUUAUUAUAGACUCUUCAUAGAAUUGUUGUUUACCUGCGUACCGUACAGGACAAGCCGAUACCCUGAAUGGCCUAAUCUGUGAGGCAGUCCCAAGUACGUGAUCGACCUGGCAUCCUGCAAAAUAAAAAAGAUGACUUAUCGGAUACAUCUGUGGGGCAGAAGUAAGGACACGGAUGUUAUGGCUCUUUCUGGUAGCAUUCUUUAGACUGCCCGCAGCAUUAGUGAAGGGUACCUUAUCCCUAUAUAUAUAUAUAUAGGGAGCCUCGGUGCCAACCACUGCACCCUGGCACAGGUAUGGGCUGUGCUCCCAGUAUCCACGUAUCACAGAGCGGGGUGAUAUAUUGCAGGGAUUCGGAUGAGUCCAACUCCCCGCACCAGACCACCACCAUUUCCCAGGGAACAGCUGCCACCUUACACGGGCUCUUCAUCAAAACCGAUGCCGCCGAUACCAUCCCUUCUGUGCUUACCUACCAGAGUCGUUACCCACCAGCAGCCCGCGCUGGCUCCCGCAAAGAGCGCAAAGAGGCUGCGCCACACAGCUGCAUAGAGGCUGAGACACAGACCAGCCACACCAGUGUGAAGCAGGCAUCAACAUCAGAACUGUGGCUUGGACCUAUGAGACUAACACAAGAUCCUAUUCAGGUGCUGCUAGUGUUUGCUAAAGAGGACAGUCAGAGUGAUGGGUUCUGGUGGGCCUGUGAUCGAGCGGGGUACCGGUGUAAUAUUGCUUGUACACCAGAAUCAGCACUCGAGUGCUUCCUCGAUAAACACCAUGAAAUCAUUGUCAUAGACCACAGAUACCCCAGAUACCUUGAUGCCGAUGCUGUAUGCAGGUCAAUACGAGCUACAAAGCCAUCAGAGCACACUACAAUCCUGGCCGUGGUUCCACAUGUGGGACCUGAUCAAGAGGAGAUGUCUGUCCUCCCUCUUCUCCAUACUGGAUUCAAUAGGAGAUUCAUGGAGAAUUUCAGUAUGAUUUCUUGUUACAAUGAACUCAUCCAAAUAGAGCAUGGGGAGGUGCGAUCUCAAUUCAAGCUAAGAUCCUGUAACUCAAUAUUUACAGCACUGGAUCAUUGUCAGGAAGCCGUAGAGAUCACGAAUGAAGAACACGUCAUACAGUAUAUUAAUCCAGCUUUCGAGCGAAUGAUGGGCUACCACAAGGAAGAUCUCCUGGGCAAAGAACUCACAGAUUUUCCAAAAAGUGACAAAAACCGUGCAGACCUUUUAGAUACUAUCAACACUUGUAUCAAAAAGGGAAAGGAAUGGCAGGGAAUUUAUUAUGCAAGACGGAAAUCUGGAGACACUAUCCAGCAGCAUGUGAAAGUCACUCCAGUUAUUGGCCAAGGGGGGAAAAUUAGACAUUUUGUGUCCAUCAAGAAGCUGUGCAGUCCUUCUGACAACAAUAAACAGAUACACAAGAUAAGUCGAGAUGAAAAAUGCUCAGGAGAUCCCGCACUUACAGAGACCCAUUCUCAUUCCUUCAGGCAUAAAAAUAGAAGGAAAGAGUCAGUAGACGUAAGGUCAAUCACAUCCCGAAGCAGUGAUGCUGCAAGUUUACAGAAUCAUAGAUAUUCCUCGAUGGCACGGAUUCAUACAAUGACCAUAGAGGCCCCAAUAACAAAGGUCAUUAAUAUAAUAAACACCGCUCAGGAGAACAGUCCGGUGACUGUGGCCGAGGCCUUGGACAGAGUUUUAGAAAUCCUGAGGACGACAGAACUCUACUCUCCACAGCUGGGAACCAAAGAUGAAGAUCCUCACACCAGUGACCUUGUAGGAGGUCUGAUGUCUGAUGGUUUGCGAAGACUUUCAGGAAAUGAAUAUGUUUUCUCAAAAAAUGUACACUACAGCCAUAGUCCCCUUUCUGUGCCAGUAACCAUUAAUGACGUUCCUCCUCGAGUAGCACAGUUACUGGACAAUGAGGAUUCCUGGGACUUUAACAUAUUUGAAUUAGAAGCUGUUACACUUAAAAGGCCACUAGUUUAUCUUGGGCUGAAAAUAUUUGCUUCUUUUGGGGUUUGUGAAUUUUUGAACUGCUCAGAAGCAACCCUGCGCUCCUGGCUGCAGAUAAUUGAGGCCAACUAUCAUGCGUCUAAUGCCUACCACAACUCUACGCAUGCGGCUGACGUCCUUCAUGCCACUGCCUAUUUCCUUCAGAAGGAGAACGUGAAGACAAAUCUUGACCAGCUGGACAAAGUAGCUGCUUUAAUAGCUGCCACGGUUCAUGAUAUUGAUCACCCUGGUCGUACCAACUCUUUUCUUUGCAAUGCCGGCAGCGAGUUGGCCCUUCUUUACAACGACACUGCUGUCUUAGAAAGUCACCACUCUGCACUGGCAUUCCAGCUCACGGCAAAGGAAGGCAAGUGCAAUAUAUUCAAGAACAUGGACCGAACCCAAUAUCGGACCCUUCGCCAAGCCAUAAUUGAUAUGGUUUUAGCCACAGAGAUGACCCGGCACUUUGAGCACGUGAACAAGUUUGUGAAUAGUAUCAAUAAACCCAUUGCUGCUGAGGAGAACAACUCAAAUAGUGAGGGCAGUGACUGCGAGUGUUCCCCCAGUAUCAAAAAUUCCCCUGAGAAUCGAAUACUCAUCAAACGCAUGAUGAUAAAAUGUGCAGAUGUGGCCAACCCGUGCCGGCCAUUGGAUCUGUGCAUUGAAUGGGCUGGAAGGAUAUCAGAGGAGUAUUUUGCUCAGACAGAUGAGGAGAAGAUUCAAGGAUUGCCAGUAGUUAUGCCAGUAUUUGACCGGAACACCUGCAGCAUACCAAAAUCUCAGAUCUCAUUCAUAGACUAUUUUAUCACAGACAUGUUUGAUGCAUGGGAUGCUUUUGCACAUUUGCCCAACCUCAUACAACACUUGACAGAAAACUACAAGUAUUGGAAAUCCUUAGAUGAGCUAAAGUGCAAGAGUCUCAGGUGUUCAUCUGACACCAACAAAUAAUAGACGAUCAGUGACCUCCCGACCUACCUGCACUGUGAACCAGAAUAAGGGAAAGCUGUAUUACGAAGACUGGAUGGAGCAGUCAUACAACAGACGUGCUCAUGGUUGGCCAAAUGAUGACAUGGACAUCAAAUCAAAGGGAAAUAGUGACAAACAAUGGGAGCUGAGCUUUUCUCUAUGAUUUUUAUAACUAGCAUCAACAUUCACGUUACUGCUACUCUAUGCCAUCCUCACCAGCUUAUCCUUAAUGUGGACUGCCGAUGCCGAUUUAGCAUUUUAAUGGUUUUGUCAUUCUUGACGAAUUAUCAAAGAAGAAUACAAUGGACAAGAACCAUGGACUAUCCUAUGAUGGAGAUUUUUUGUAAUGCCAGCUAUUGCUUAUAUAUAUAGUCUUGGGGAAAGGAAGAAUGUGUGAGGGUUUUCCUGCCUGAAUGACUACUGAUCUACUACUAUAUUUAUACAGGGCUACAUACAGGGGUGUAAACAGUGACUCAGGAAGGCUUCUUACACUUGUCAUAUGGAAACCACAAAGUUUUCUUACCAAUUUAUUGCUAGUUUUAUUACAGCCUAAAGCUGGGGCAACAUGGUGACUUUUUGUGGUACAGUUUUAGAAUUUUAAAAGGGUUUUUUUUUUUAGAAAAUGGGUAGGAGCUAAUAAAGGGCAUCCUCUGAUAUGAUCCCAAAAUCUCAAAUGGCUUCUUUACGCUACAGCUGCAGUACUGUGUAAUCGUGCAUUCACACAGCACAGGGAUGCUACAGAAAAUUUACACCACAUUUUUGGCUCGAUAUAGAAAAGAAAAAAGAUCAAUUUGUUUAAAAAUCAGUACACUGCAUUUAUUCUGUAGAAGCUCACAGUCAAUCCAUCCUCUGUAGCAACGUAGCGCACUCCUGUCACUCAAUAGAUAAAAAAUGGAAGGUUGUACUAUAGAAAGUCUCCAUGUAGACCCAGGGAAAGUCCGUAUUCACACAUUGCUGCAAUGUUGUGGUAACAUAGAUUUUUAGGCCACAGGAAAUAUCACAACAUUACCACAAUGGGUGAACACAUCCUCCCUCUGCUCAAUACCUGAACAAUGAAGUGUGGCUGCACAGCACCAGCUCUUCACUGUGUGGACAAUGUAAGGCUGUGUUCACACAGUAAAAAAAAUGCAGAAUGUCCACCUGGAAAACAUGAGCAGGCAUUCCGCACAUUUGCAUGUUCUGCAGCGCUAGAACAGCAUAGACGGCAAUGCAUUUCUGAGCGGAAUCCACAGAGACAACGAACAUGUUGAUUGUUUCUGCGGAUGCCAAAAUCUGGGUUUCCGCAACAAAAAUUCCGCCAUGUGAAUGGUGCAGCAGAAUCCCAUUGAAAUCAAUAGGAUUCUGCUGAAAUUAAUAGGAUUUCCGCAGAAUUCCACUAGAAAAUUCCACCAUGUGAACAUGGCCUAAGGCUAUGUUUCCACUUCCCAGUUUUUGAACCAAAGGCAAAAGUGUAUUUAAAAGGAAUGGCAUCUCCUCCCUUAUGGAUCCACUUCUGGCUUUGGCUCAAAAACUGCAGUGGUAGUUUUCCCAUAUGUCAGCUUCUUAGGCUCCUAUACUUGUAUGGGCCAGUGAAGCAAUAGCAGUCUUACCAGAAUUUUUAGGGUUUGAGUAGAUUUGGACUUUAAAGGUUAUCUGCCAUCACUUUCAUGCUGCCAGAACCAUCGUCAUCAGGGUGGUCCCCGGUGGCAGUAUGACAGUGAUGACAGGUUCCUUUUAAUAGAUUCUAAGGACAUGAUAUAAAUCUUUGCUGUCAGUGUCAUUGAUAAUAUUACAGCAGUUAUAUGUUGGGUUAAUAUAAUGAGAGAUUAUAUAUUACUAUAGAUCACUAUUAUAAGAAGACAACAUUCACACUGGUUACUAGCUAGGACUGGGAUAUGUUGUCACAUUACUGAAUUGCUAGGAUCCUUUAUUUUUUGUACAAAGCUCCAUUUCCUUUAAAUUUGUAGAUGGGGAACUACAGUAGUUAUAUUUAUGCUAAUGUUUAUUUUCCUGGCAAAAUAUAGAGCUGCAUUUAUAUUGUCACAGUGACCUUAUAGGAAUAUUCUAGAAUCUUUCUGAAUUUUAUCUGCAGGGACUGAAGUAACGUUGUUAUGCUUGAUAGAGUAGAUGUAUAUGCCACCCUAGGGGAUGGAUUUAUAUUUGGAGGACACAAUCUGUAUUCAGUGUUAUAAGGGCUAUACAUUUAAUAUCAAAGAUGUUUUUUCCCAGUUGCAUUAUAUGAACAUAAAAAAUACUUUUCUGUCUAUUGGAUUGUGUUGUCAGUAUAGUGUAUACAUGGUCUGUAAUUUCUCCAUAAAUAAGCAGCCUAAAACACAGUCGCGACUGGGAUACAAUAUACAUAAAUCCUCAACUACAAAACACCAGUCGCUAAGUCAUGUACAAAACAUUGCAAUUCUUUAUUAGUACAAAAAUACAUAAAAACAUCAA